AUGGAGGAAAGGAAAGAGAAAAGACUAUGCCACCAACGGCCUGCAAGAGAGGAUUUGAUAAGCAAAUUACCAGACUCAUUGAUAUCUCAGAUACUAUUGUAUCUUCCGACAGAGGAAGCUGUUAGGACUAGUGUUCUGUCCAAUAGGUGGAAAAGUCUCUGGCUUUCGAUUCCCGGGUUGGAUCUGGACUCUCGUGUGUUCCCAAAUUACAAAGUCUUUGUGAGAAUCAUGGACAAGUUCGUAGAUUUAUCUAGACAAGAGAAGUCAUACUUGCACAAACUCAAGCUAAGUAUUCGUAAGGGUGAGUAUGAUGAGUAUUGUGUCACGCGGUGGAUAGAUUUUGUGGCUACGCCUAAACUUUGGCAUCUUGAUUUUGAGUGUGGUCCUGUGGAUCCUGACUGUUUGGAAGUGAUGCCCGAGAGCCUCUACAUCUGUGAGAGUCUCCUUCACUUAAGACUCCACCGGGCAUUCUUGGAUAGUUUUGAGUCUGUUUCUUUGCCUUGUCUCAAGACUAUGCGUUUAGAACUCAAUGUGUAUGCCAAGGACACGUGUCUAGAGUCGCUCAUCUCGUCUUGCCCUGUUCUUGAAGAUUUGAGUAUCGUUAGAAGGGUGGAUGAUAAUGUAAAGGUUUUACGAGUGCGUUCUCAGACACUAACCACUCUCACUGUAAGCUUUGAUUUUGGUGACUAUGGUAGCGAGCUGUCUAGAUUUGAUAGAGGAAACUCGGGGCUUUUGUUUGAUGCUCCUAGACUCAAGUAUUUGAAUUUCUUUGAUGAACUAUCAAAGAGUAAAAUCAUAAGCAACUUGAGUUCCUUAGCUAAGGCCGAUUUUGCUGGCUUCUUUGAUGUUCAAUAUCAUUCUGAUGGAGCUGGCUUAUCGAAGAACCAACUGGCCCGCAAUUUUUUCACAGGUAUCUCUAGAGUUAGGGAUAUGAUCAUCUCUGGGGAUACUAUGAAGGUAAAUUUCUUCUAUUCCUACUUGAAAAUAGAACCAUUGCCCCAGUUUUGGAACCUGUCCUGUCUGGAAGCAGGAUUUUGUUCAUCUCACGUGAAGAUCCUUCCAACGCUUCUUGAGAGCUGUCCGAAUCUAAAAUCCAUCGUCUUGGUGAUAACUUGCACCAACCUUAAGAGCUCAUUAAGUUGCUCAUCCGUGCCUCAGUGUUUGCUUUCAUCGCUUAAGUAUGCAGAGAUAAAAAGCAGGUUCACGGGAAGGUGUGUUGAAAGAGAAGUAGCAAGUUACUUGGUAAAGAACUCAGUAGUUCUCAAGAAACUAGUUGUGCAUUUAAGCAGUUCCAUGCAACAACAAAGCUUGGUCGUCUUACGAGAUAUCCUUGCAUUGCCGAUGCCAUCAAGCAUAUGUCAAAUUGUAUAUGUUGCUGAUGCUGAUACUUAG